GGUAGAUUGAACAACUGACGACAAUUUGUGGCAGGCUAAUUGCCGUGUCACACGUAGAAACACGGUAGUCUAAUUCGUUGCCCAGUCUGUCUUUCUUUUGGUUACGGUCGUACACGCUGCAAAAAAGAAGCCAGAAGAACCGAUUGGCGCUCAUUAACAAUUGCCAAAUUGCCAAGAAAGACACACGCGCCCGGUACCUGUUGGGAUUUGGUGGAAGGAGCCAAAAGGUUUGUCCAAGAUCCAUCCAUUCGACCAUUCCUGGCAGCAGCAAACCCACUUUACUGCCUUGUAAACGUUGUUCGCCUGCUGCUACGCUGUACGUGAUAGGCACAACCGCCCCUCCACUUUGGAUAUAAUGAUCUUCUGAUGAUCUCUGCUGCUCUGGCGCCAACAAGGAAAGGCAACCCGCUCAUCCUUGUCACCUUCGUUUGCUUCUCAACACUCAUUUCUGUCCCGCGACUCGAGUCGAUCUUUCUCCAUCAAUCUCUUGUCCCGAUUAGGUUUCUUGUUUACCUUUCUCUGCUGUCCCUGGUCCUGUGAUCAACCUGUAGCAACAAACUUUUUUUUUUUUUUGCUCAUUACCUCAAACAUCACACUCGGCCAACCAGGCAAGUGCGACAGUAUCGUCGACCGCAUCACAAUGAAGGCCACACUCGUCACGGCCCUUGUCGGCGCCACGGCGGUCAACGCCACCUCGUUCCGCCCUGCCGCCACACAGCAGCACGCCCGACCACAGUCUCAGGUGUUCGACCGCUCCCUCCACCGCGCAGACCCCGUCGCGGUCGCGGGCUCCAACAGCCGCGUGUUCGCCGCCAGCGUCAUGUCCACGGCUGCGGCGGCCGAGAAGCCGCCCGUGGUCGGCGGCGCAUACCUGUCGUCCUCGGAGAUCACCUCGGUCGGGGGCCGCUUCACGGUGCCCAGGGCCACGCAGCCGACCAAGGGGGCCAUCGCGGGCCAGGACAUCGAGUACGGGGCAUCGUUCUGGGUGGGCAUCGACGGCGUCAACUGCACGACGGGCACGCUCCGCGCCGGCAUCGACAUCUUCUGGAGCUCGCGGGGCGAGAGCUACCACGCGUGGUACCAGGUGUCGGCCGACUCGUCCAAGGACUUCCUCGCGGGCGAGAUUGACGUUGCGCCCGGCGACGAGCUGCACGUCACCGCCACGGCCAGCGGCGGCAACGGGACCCUGGUGGUGAACAACCGCUCGACCAACCAGACGGUGGAGCGGCACCUGGCCCCGGGCGAGAAGCUGUGCCGCAGCGAGGCGGCCUGGCUGAUUGAGGACUUUGUGCUCGUCCAGGCCAUUGGUGCGCCGGUUGCGCUGGUCAACUUUACCGACGUGACCUUUGGCGACAUGAAGACGACCAUGCAGUGCGGCAGCUCAGAGCGCGCGGAGCCGGUCAACCUGGACGACGUCAAGGUCAUGGACGUUGAGGUUGAGGAGCAGGGUGGGAAGUUGACGGAUUGUCAAAUGACUGGGGUUGAUCAGAUGACGUGCAAGAGGUUUGCCUAGGGUCAUUUUCGAGAAGACUGCAUGCUUGUUGCCGUGAUCGCAUAUGCAUAUACUAUUUUUGGCGGAAAAGGCUGGAUACAACUUGACAAUUUCUGAUACGGGAUUUGGGUAAUUCGUAAAGUUGGUGAUUUUCUUGACCUGACUAGACUAGACUAGACCAGACUAGUCUAAAAUGUCGAGAUAUCAAAAUAGCUCGGCGGCAGUCGGUUCUCCGGGUGGGGUUUUCAUCAGUCAUAGCAAUUUAGGUCAUACCAGUAAACCCAAAAGAGGCAAGUUCUCGCAGGGGACGGCGUUUGGGAACCAAAAUAGACACAAUAGAACCUGCUCUGGG